AAACCUCUUUAAUUCGCCCAUAUUCCUCAUAUUUUGAGGUUUCAUAAAUAAUUGAUAUAAUUUUUUGAACUUCUUUUAGCUCUGAUAAUUUUCAUCAAUGGAAGCUGCGCCUUUCUUCCUCACCAAUUUUUCUAGUAUCAGGUUGUUUAGUCUAUAGUAGAGAUGGAGGAGACAGGGCAACUUAAAAGGGCAUUAAUAGAUGCCACAGCGGGGGCAGUUUCUGGUGGUAUAUCGAGGACUGUAACCUCACCUCUCGAUGUAAUCAAGAUCAGAUUUCAGGUCCAACUGGAACCCACUAAUCAGUGGGCCUCGCUUCGGAGAGUUGUGCAUGGAACUUCUAAGUACACUGGGAUGCUGCAAGCUACUAAGGAUAUACUCAGGGAAGAAGGCUUAAAGGGUUUCUGGCGGGGUAAUGUUCCAGCUUUGUUGAUGGUUAUGCCAUAUACUGCCAUACAAUUCACAGUGUUGAAGCAGUUGAAAACUUUUGCUGCUGGUUCUUCAAAGACAGAAGAUCACAUCAAUUUGAGCCCGUAUCUUUCUUAUAUCAGCGGAGCAUUAGCAGGAUGUGCAGCUACAGUUGGUUCAUAUCCAUUUGAUCUCCUGAGAACCAUUUUAGCCUCCCAAGGGGAGCCAAAGGUUUAUCGAAACAUGAGGUCUGCAUUUGUUGACAUAUUCAGAGCUCGGGGUGUUCCAGGACUCUAUGCUGGAUUGACACCAACACUAGUUGAGAUUGCUCCAUAUGCUGGUUUGCAGUUUGGAACUUAUGAUACGUUCAAACGUUGGAUGAAGGCCUGGAAUCUUCUUAGAUCUUCUAACUCAAGCCAAGGUGAUGAGUUUAUUUCAAGCUUUCAGCUGUUCAUCUGUGGUUUAGGUUCUGGAACAUGUGCUAAAGCUGUCUGCCAUCCUCUUGACGUGGUUAAAAAGAGGUUCCAGAUUGAAGGACUACAGAGGCAUCCAAGAUACGGGGCUCGACUCGAGUCUCAUGCUUAUAAAAAUAUGUACGAUGGCCUCCGCCGGAUCUUGCUAGAGGAAGGUUGGGCUGGACUAUAUAAAGGCAUUGUCCCAUCAAUUGUUAAAGCAGCACCUGCUGGUGCUGUAACAUUUGUUGCCUAUGAAUAUACAUCAGACUGGCUUGAGUCCAUUUUGACUUAAAAA